AUGCGCGCCAAGCUGUCUUCGCUCCCUGCAAGGAGCCAUAUCCUUCUCGCUCCCCGUCAAGCUGCCGCUGCAGGCUCUCGCUGUGUGCGCCGGCACCAGCUGUGCACUUCAUGUGGGCACACACCUGCCAGUAGAGCAUCAGGACACCAAAGCGUUAGACUUCGAACCGUCCAACAUAGUGUGGCUCCUGCGCAGUUCGUUGCCGGCCAAAGGAGAAAGGUUUCUUCUGCUGCCGCGGUAGCAGCGGCCUCUGUGAGCAACGGAAAUGUUGGGGCUACGGGGCCAAUUCCAGAGUAUGACCGUCGAGUUGCUAACGGGACGCUUAAGGAUGAUCCUCAUCAAAGAGGGAUCAUUCACAACCUUCAAAACCUUCACGAGGAGCUGAAGGGUUACCAGGCCCCUCCCGUUGUCCAUCCAACUCUCGAGUCGUCCAAGCCUUCCAAGUCACUGUUCUCCUGGUUCAGACAAAAGAAGUCGACCAGCCUUGAGAUCCCCAGCAAUCUUCCCAAGGGGCUGUACCUCUAUGGUGACGUCGGCUGCGGCAAGACCAUGCUCAUGGACCUCUUUUUUGAUACCCUCCCCUCAAACAUCCGGUCCAAGACAAGAAUACACUUCCACAACUUCAUGCAACACGUCCACCAGCGCCUGCACCAAACGAGGCUCAAGUUCGGCAAUGACGUCGACGGCGUGCCUUUCGUAGCCGCCGAAAUCGCUGACCAAUCCAGUGUCCUCUGCUUCGACGAGUUCCAAUGUACCGACGUCGCCGACGCUAUGAUCCUCCGCCGCUUGCUCGAAGCCCUCAUGUCUCACGGCGUCGUCCUUGUAACAACUUCCAACCGCCACCCAGACGAGCUCUACAAAAACGGCAUCCAGCGCGAGUCCUUCAUCCCCGCCAUCGAGCUGCUCAAGACCCGCCUGCACGUCAUCAACCUCGAUUCACCCACCGACUACCGCAAGAUCCCCCGACCGCCCUCCGACGUCUAUCAUAUCGGUCUCGACGCCCAAGCCAUUGAGCACGCGCAGCGCUGGUUCCGCUUCCUAGGCGACCCUGCCCAGCCCGAACCCCGCCGCGAGGUCCAGACCGUCUGGGGCCGUGAGAUUGUCGUCCCCCGCGUGAGCGGGCGCUGCGCGUGGUUCACCUUCGCCGAGCUGAUCGGCAAGCCAACCAGCGCAGCCGAUUACCUCGAGCUCAUGCGUUCAUACGACGCGUUCAUCGUGACCGAGGUCCCCGGAAUGACGUACCGCGAGCGGGAUCUGGCGAGGAGGUUCAUCACAUUCAUUGACGCGGUGUAUGAGUCGCGGGCGAAGUUGGUGCUCACGACGGCGGUGCCGCUUAACGAGUUAUUCCUGUCGCGGGCUGAGGUGCGGGAGUCGUUGCUCAAGAGUAAGGGAAAGGAUGGACAAGUGUUGGAUGAUGGGGCCGUGGAGGAUGUCAUGAACCAUUUGAUGGAUGAUUUGGAACAUAAUGCUGAGCAGCUCGCUAAGUCCAACCUGUUCACGGGCGAUGAGGAGGCUUUUGCUUUCGCGCGUGCCCUGUCUCGCCUAAACCACAUGGCCAGUAAGGAGUGGGUCGAACGGGGUCUGCACUUGGAUCAACAAGGCAGCAAGGAGCGGGAGAGCUGGGCGAAGACGAGGAGCAAGCAAUUGGAGGACCGCAUGUGA